AUGCAUGACCCAAUUUGUGAUGCCACACUCCAAAUGGCACUUCUAUCUUGUCAAAGACACGGAGGAUAUGGUCACGGUGGGCAUGGUGACCACAAUCCACCCAAGGAAGAGGAAGAUAAUGAUCAAAAGAAUGAUGCUAUAGAACCUCAACACUAUGGUCAUGGCGGAUAUGGUGGCGGCUAUGGUCACGGUGGUGGUGGUUAUGGUCAUGGUGGUUAUGGACACGGAGGUUAUGGACACGGAGGUUAUGGCCAUGGUGGUUAUGGACACGGAGGUCAUGGUGGUUAUGGUCACGGUGGAUAUGGCCAGGGUGGUUAUGGUGGUCACUACCCCCGUAAGGAGACAAAGACUACCAAGGAGCAAAAGGGUAACUAA